CCGAUUUCUUCAAUCAGCCGUAGCGGUGACGUAUCACCUCAUUCCCAAGGUGAUGAUAUCUCUUUAUCUUCUGCCAUAUUCGACUCCAGCCAGCUGGCUUUCAUUUCUCGUCUCCGCGCAGAUAAGCGUUCCCACAAGUCCAUAAAUACUCUUUCUCCUAACGAUUUGAUCAAUAUGUUCUCUAAGUAUAAAAAAUUGCCGGCUGCCUAUAGCACUGUUCCUACUGAAGAGGAUCGUUUGGUCAAGCCAAAAGAGGACAACAAAAAGCGCAAGGAAUCCGAAUCAAAUACCGCUGAUAAAUCACGCUACUAUCAACCCCAGUCUAAGUCUCAGACCACUUCCAGAGUCUCACGAGCCGAUAAUCAUAUUCGUUCGCGAUCGUUUUCAUCAGGUUCUGGAUCUAAUUCAACUCCGUCCUCAUCCUCUUCUGCCUCUUCACGCAGGUCCGUCGCCAGCUCAUCUGAUCACAGCGGCACAAGUAGCCCUUCUAGACAUCAUCUGUCUGUCGGUUCAAUGCAAGGCAAAGACAAGGGAAAAGGUAAGGACAGGGUUCGGGAUAAGGAAAAAGGAAACCGUGACAGGGCGCAGACGCAGCUGCUCAGGGUAGAAGCCUCUAAGAUGGUUUCGAGACAUCGACCUUCUUCGCACUCUUCAUCUAGUCGCGCUUCGAGUCAGCUGAGUCAGGCCUCAGAGCCUUCAUAUUCAUCUGCCUCUGGUUCGCGCUCCUCUUCGAGGUCACCCGCUCGAAAUUCAGCACAGCGUUCACGAGAUUCUCGGCGUACUCACCAUCGGCAUCGGCAUCAUCGGCAUCAGCACCACCGCCGACAUCAUCAUCAGGAUAGUCGGUCAAGACUGGAGAGUUCUUCAUUAGAUAAGGCCUCGAGUCGUAGAAAAAAUCCAUCAUCUAGUGCAUCAACAAUGCCAGGGAGCACUUCCAGGAUUGAUUAUGCCAAACCAAAGAAUGAAUCUUCAGACCAUCCUUCCUCCAUCAGCCGUUUGUCCUCUGCCAUAAACACCACAACUGGCUCUAGCUCCGCAGAUAAGUCUUCAAAUGGUAGUCAAAGUGCUUAUAUCUCUUCAAAGUCAUCUUCAAGUAAGACCCAUGGGGACCAACGCCAGCGAAGCCAGACUUCUAAGCAUGAAGGCCGGACCAGGGGGAGUGUCAAUUGUAAUAACACUGGCAAGACUUCAUCGGGCUCUCGAAAGUCCCCCUCUAGAGAACACCGACGACAUUGA